AUGGAUGAUGUGGUGAAAGAGUCGGAAAUGAUCGAGGAAGGCUUUGGGAGGAAUGUGUGGCCACAGGGGCUGCAGUUUUACAGACUAGAACAGCAUAAGGAGAUGAUGGCUAAGAAGGAGGCGGAGGAGGCAGAGGCGCGAAAGCAGUCGGCUGGUGAUUCUAGUGAUGGUAGCAGUGGCAAGAGGGACGAUGCUGAGGCUACGGAAAGGAAGGAGGAGAUGAGGAAACAGCUGCGGGAGCGCAUCCAGCAAAAGGCAGAACAGAGAAAACGCAAAUAG